AUCUAUUUCAUAAAUGGCUUCUUCUUUUAAUAUGCGUCUCUUACUCUGCUGUCUUUUCUAUUCAAUCAUCUCUCCUACAUCGUCCAAAACUCCAUCCUUUCGCCCCAAAGCACUAGUACUUCCAGUGACCAAAGACGCUUACACAAACCAAUACCUCACCCAGAUAAACCAAAGGACUCCUCUUGUCCCUGUCAAACUCACCAUAGAUCUCGGCGGUGAGCUCUUUUGGGUUGACUGUGAAAACGGAUAUAUCUCUUCAACAUACAAACCGGCUCGCUGCCUCUCGGCUCAGUGCAACCUCGCCCGAUCGAAGUCGUGUGGCGAGUGCUUAAAGCUGGAAGCUAAACCUGGCUGCAACAACAACACAUGCACUCUCUUCCCUUACAACCCUUUAAUCCAUACUAGCGCCAGCGGGGAACUAGCUCAAGACAUCAUCGCAAUCCAAUCUACGAACGGAUUAAAUCCUGGAAAAGUUGUUUCCGUUCCCAACGUUAUUUUCACCUGCAGCGAGACCUUCCUCUUAGAAAAUCUUGCGUCAGGAGUCACCGGCAUUGCAGGUCUGGGUAGGAAGAAGAUCGCGCUUCCGUCCCAGUUCGCCUCAGCUUUUAGUUUUAAAAGAAAGUUUUCUUUAUGUUUGAGCUCUUCCACGAGGUAUAAUGGUGUUGUCAUUUUCGGCGAUGAGCCUCGUGACUUGCUUCCAUAUACGGGUCUUAUCUACACGCCGCUCAUCUUGAACCCAAUCAGCACCACAGGUGCUUACUUCAAUGGCGAACCAUCCGCGGACUAUUUCAUAGGACUAAAGUCAAUAAAGAUCGACAACAAGGCUGUCCCGUUUAACACUUUGUUGCUGUCCAUUGACGAAGAUGGUACUGGUGGAACGAAGAUUAGUACUGUUCAUCCCUAUACAUCGUUGGAAACUUCCAUUUAUAAAGCUGUAGUAAGUGCCUUUGCCGAAGCACUCCCUGAAGUUCCAAAAGUUAAGGCAGUGUCGCCUUUUGGAGUUUGCUUUGAUGCGAAUAAAAUUGGCAGCACUCGAGUUGGACCAGCCGUACCUCAUAUUGAUUUUGUGUUGCAGAACGAGAUAGUAUGGAGGGUUUAUGGUUCCAACUCCAUGGUUAGGGUUAGUAAUGAUGUGCUGUGCCUUGGAUUCGUUGAUGGUGGUCCACUUCACUUCGUUGAGUGGGGUGUUAAGUACACCGCAACUGCCGUCGUGAUUGGAGGGCAUCAGAUUGAAAACAAUCUUCUUCAAUUUGAUCUGGCAGCUUCAAAGCUUGGUUUCAGCUCCUCUCUUCUGCUUAGACAAACAAGUUGCUCUAAUUUCAACUUCACACCCAUUGCUUGAAAAGGAUUUGCACUUAUCAUGGCUUAAAGAAUGGACACCGAUUAUAUGGAUGUGAGUGUAAUACGUGUUUUGAGUCAAGUUUUUACGAUUGUCGCUAGCUACUUUUUCUUAGUUAAUUUAUAACGGACAGUGUCCGAGAGUUUAUUAAUAACAUGUCAACUUGGCUCCUUCGGCUUUAAUAAUAUUGUCAAAAUAAAAAAAUUAUAGUAAAUAAUAUU